AGAAGAUUCACAUAAAGGGUAGUUUAGGAAUUUGACUAUAGAACUUGUAGGCCGCGUAGCUGUCCCGAAAUAGAAAAAAAAAACCUGCGCAUUUUAGUAUGCGUAUGAGAUUAUUGUGCUAAAAUACGCAUGUACACGUCGUGUGCGAAAGAGUUCUUGUCUUCCCCCAUCUUGAGCAGAUCGAUCAUUGUUUUCCCAAAGAGCGAUUUCAUCAGACGAUUUGGUGAAAAAAUGGGGAGCGAGCCGACUAAAGUGAUGGUGGCGGUGAACGCUUCGACGAUCAAAGACUAUCCUCACCCUUCGAUUAGCUGCAAAAGAGCAUUCGAAUGGACUCUGGAGAAGAUCGUCAGGUCCAACACUUCCGAUUUCAAGAUUCUCUUGCUCCACGUUCAAGUCGUCGACGAAGACGGGUUUGAUGAUGUAGACAGUAUUUAUGCUUCCCCUGAUGAUUUCCGAGACAUGAGAGAAUCUAACAAGGCAAAAGGUCUUCACCUUCUCGAGUUUUUCGUUAAUAAAUGUCAUGAGAUUGGGGUGGGUUGUGAGGCCUGGAUUAAGAUAGGUGAUCCCAAGGAUGUCAUAUGCCAAGAAGUGAAACGAGUUCGACCAGAUUAUCUGGUCGUGGGAAGUCGUGGACUUGGCCGGUUUCAAAAGGUCUUUGUGGGGACUGUGAGCGCGUUCUGUGUGAAAUAUGCCGAGUGUCCAGUUAUGACCAUCAAACGCAAUGCCGAUGAAACUCCCAGUGAUGCAGCUGAUGACUAAGCAACAACAGCUAUGCCCCUUCCUUGUUUGAUUUAUACAGAGAGAGAUUGCUUUUGUGUGUACAAAAUCCUAAUUCACACCCCUAUAUAUAUAUUUGUAUCUAUCUAUCUGUCUAUGUGUGUGCAAUCUGCUUCUUUUUGGAAUUGGUUUUCAAACUGAA